AACCCAUCGUGGGGUACGAUAGUGGCAGCGGGAAACGCGGAAAUAAAGAUGAGAAAUGGAAAAAGAAAUCACGAUGCAGAGAAGAGAUGGGCAAUAUUGGUGUCAGAGACUGCAUACCUAAUAUGGAAGCUGAGAUGCGAGAGAGUAAUCGCAAACGAUGGAGAGGAACUGAGCGAAAGGGAGAUCGUGAAUAGAUGGUAUGCCACGAUAGAUAGGCGCUUAACGCUGGAUAGGCGCGUAGCGUCUCUAACAGAGAGCGAUAAAAAAAGAAAAGCUUUAAUAGCCUCUGUCGAAAGGGUUUGGGGCAAGCUAUUGGAAGACAGUGAAAGCCUAAGACACGAUUGGGUAACGAACAGUGGGGUUUUAGUGGGUAUUAAGAGAGGACGUUAG